UUUUUUUUUUUUUUUGAGACGGAGUCUUACUCUGUCACCCAGGUUGGAGUGCAACGGUGAGAGGCUCAUGGCAAACUCUGCCUCCCGGGUUCAAGCGAUUCUCCUGCCUCAGCCUCCCGAGUAGCUGGGAUUACAGGCACACACCACCAUACCCGGCUAAUUUUGUAUUUUUAGUAGAGAAGGGGCUUCACCAUGUUGGCCAGGUUGGUCUCAAACUCCUGACUUCAAGUGAUCCACCCACCUCCACCUCCCAAAGGGCUGGGAUUACAGGCGUGAGCCACCGCGCCGGGCCAAGUUCUGGAAAACUUUUAGUAAGGCUGAAGGCUUAGGCAUGUUUUGACCAUUUGUAACUGAUAAUGAGACUCAUCACAAGGUACCCACAAAAUUCACUACCAGUCACGCUGCUACGUCAAAGCCUCUCCUACUUCAGCACCUACCUAGGCAUAAUUUUAACUGACAUUUUAGCAAUAAAACUUUUAUUUGAAGAUAUCCUUGAGCCACAAAUCUCUCUGGAUUUAGAUUUCAAGCAGUAGGAAAUAAGAUGAUUUAACCUGCAAUUCAAUAAAAGAACUUCACAUCAAAUUUCAAUCUUUAAGAAGCUGCUACAGCUAUAAUGUAAGGUUAAGAGUUUAUUCUUUCAAAGCAGUUCUCCUCAUCUCUUAAACGCUAUACAUAUGAAGUAGAUAAAAACUGCAGUUUCUAUUUUGGUAGCAUUUAGGAUCUACAAAAGUGAUCCUUCAAUUACUUGGAAUUUCAAAAAAUAGAGGUUACCUAGUAACAAUGCACCAGUAGAACACAAAAUACUCUGAUUUUGUUUAGUCUGUGGGAAAAGAAAAAUCUUUAAACUGGAAAGAUUUUGUAAUCUUACAAAGAUUACAUUGGAAUUGGAAUUACUGUAGUUCGUUUUUCCCUCUAGGAGGGCAGCCAUUUCUCUAAAAGUUUUGUAAAAGUUAAGACUCGGAUUUCAAAAUGCAAGCAGAUGUUGAAGAAGCAUACGAAAUGGGCAACUCCAUUUCUAUUUCGGAGCCGCAGGGACUCCGACUUUGUGCCCCAACCCUGUAAAGGGCAAAACCUCAUCCCUUCGGUGUAAACUUUCAAGAGAAGUGGGGCAGCACACUUUAGGCGUUUCACCAAGAGGCUGGCGACAUGCUAGGUCAGGUUGUCCGGAGAAUCGGGGCUGAAUGGGAGAGAACUUGAGGGCAAGCGCCUCAGAGACCUUCAGGCACCGAGCUCGUGAAGGUUUCCACGUGCCCCUCUCUAGCUGGUCCCAGGGGGAAUUAGUGGUUGCUACAGUAGUUUAAGAGGGCCGUGGUUUUUCACACCCCGGGCGGCGAGAUGGCGCUUUGGUGUAAGCGAGGUAAGGUGGGUGCACUGGGAUCUCCGCUCUCGGAGCCUCCAGCUGACUGCCACGCCGACUUGUGGCCAGACCUGCGACCUCCGCCCUCCCCCGCGGCGCCAGCCUCUGGAAUCUGGCGUCGCCCCCACCUCUCCAGUCGAAGUGGGAGUCCCUCUGUGCAGGGCCUCGCCGCCAUACCCAGGCCGAAUGGGGGUGGGGAGGGAAGUUGGCAGAGCUCGGCCUCAGGAUCCGCGCCCCUGUGGAAGGACGGCAGAGGGGGGCCGUUUCACCAGCCUUUCCCCUGCUGGGGUCUCGGGAAACACGCGGUAAUUACCGAAGAACCCCGCACUCUGUGAGAGGCGAGGCUGCGGGGCUGCCGGGACGGUUUGAGGACCGGGCUCGGCCGGGGAGACUCCAACCUUCACCCUCCCUGGCCCCCGGUCCCACUUCCCGCCGUCUCCCGGCGCCGCCACUUCAGGCAGCCCACUCGGCCCGGCCUCUCCCCGCGCCCGGACCACCCCCCACGGGGUGCUCUCACUGCGCAGCGAGUCCCUCCGCUGCCUCCUCCCAGCCCAAAAUGGCGGCGAUGGCCGCCGAUCUUCUCGUCGCCUUCCUCAAAGGCCAAGGAUCCCUCCGCGCCUACUGCCCCGCCCAUCUUAGCCGGAUCUAUUUUCUGCCCCGUAAAGAUUAACGCCAUCAAUGAACUCUUUAAUUGAGUUCGGAGAAGGCGGGUCCAGUUUUGCUCCCUCACAGCUAAUCGUUGCCAAAAGCGAGAAUAUUGGCAGAAGGCUUGACCAAUCAAAGAAGGCAGCGAUGCGCGCGCGGUUUACCCCCGCGCAAGGGUAGAUGGGUUUUGGAGUCUCGGGUGUGGUUGUUGACGUUACAGGCGCUUGGAUCGCUUUUCAGGCUAGAAGAACUACAAUCCCCAGCCGGCACCGCGCAUCCAAGCUCUCUCCUCCCCCCAUCUUAGUGGCCUGAGCGGCUUGACCAGAGCUGCUGCAACUGCAGCGAGAGCAGGUGUCACUAGUUCCAGGCGUCUGCUGAAAGAUUUGGAACGGAAGAUGAUGGCCACUCCGAACCAGACCGUCUGUAAUGCAGAGUCACCAGUGGCCCUGGAGGAGGCCAAGACCUCUGAUGCCCCAGGGAGCCCCCAAACACCCCCUGAGCCUCAUGACUCUGGUGGUUCCCUGCCCCUGACACCGCGGAUGGAGAGCCACUCAGAGGAUGAAGAUCUUGCUGGGGCUGUCGGUGGCUUGGGCUGGAACAGUAGGAGUCCCCGGACCCAGAGCCCAGGGGGCUGCUCAGCAGAGGCUGUGCUGGCCCGGAAGAAACACCGUCGGCGGCCGUCGAAGCGCAAAAGGCACUGGCGACCCUACCUGGAGCUGAGCUGGGCUGAGAAACAACAGCGGGAUGAGAGGCAAAGCCAGAGGGCCUCACGGGUCCGCGAGGAGAUGUUCGCCAAAGGCCAGCCCGUGGCCCCCUACAACACCACCCAGUUCCUAAUGAAUGACAGAGACCCGGAGGAGCCCAACUUGGAUGUGCCCCAUGGUAUCUCCCACCCAGGUUCCAGUGGGGAGAGUGAGGCCGGGGACAGUGAUGGGCGGGGCCGAGCGCACGGUGAGUUCCAGCGGAAGGACUUCUCUGAGACUUACGAGCGCUUCCACACCGAGAGCCUGCAGGGCCGCAGCAAGCAGGAGCUGGUGCGAGACUACCUGGAGCUGGAGAAGCGGCUGUCGCAGGCGGAGGAGGAGACUAGGAGGCUGCAGCAGCUGCAGGCGUGCACCGGCCAGCAGUCCUGCCGCCAGGUGGAGGAGCUGGCUGCCGAGGUGGAGAGGCUCCGGACGGAAAACCAGCGGCUUCGUCAGGAGAAUCAGAUGUGGAACCGAGAGGGCUGCCGCUGUGAUGAGGAGCCGGGUACCUAGGGGGUGCCUCCCAGCCUGGUGGACCCGAGAUGAAGGUCCCAUUUCGUGCACACUCAGGCCAGCUGGGUCUCAAGGAGGCAGGUGGCCACCGUCAACACCCUGUGCCCCCUGAGAACAGCUAAAUCGGUUCAGACUCCCACCUCACCGUUUCCAUAGUUGGCUCUUUUGUGUCACCUACCCUUUACAGAGAAAUUAAAUGGCCUUGGUGGGACCAGAUGGGA